AUGGACCUAGACCGGUCAACAGCUGAGGACAAAGAUCUCGGUGAUCCGCAUGGCGAUGGUGCCUCCUCUGGCGAGCAGGCUGGCUCGGCUGCGGUUGCGGCAUCCCCUCCCUCCCGGCGCAACCCAAAGAGAUCAGCAUCAAAGCUGCCGGCCGCCACACUCACCCCGGCGGAAAUCCCCGAAAAUGUCAUGGACGCGGCUUUAGCGCCCCUAGACCCAAACGAGUUGGACGAGUGGACGGGGUGGGCCGUGUUCGAAUCCGAUCCUGUAGGGCUCAUCCUUUUUCACACCUACCUUGGCAGACUUGGCGUCAAGGACGUCCGUGUCACCGAUGCUUUCGAUAUCGUCGAUGAGAGUCUGGAUCCAGAAUAUGCACAGACGGUCGAUAACUCCUGCGCAACGGUCGCCAUGCUUAACAUCCUCAUGAACAGUCCCGGUCUCGAACUCGGGCCAGAGCUCACGCGGUUCAAAGAUCAGACCAAAGACAUGAACUCGGUUCAGCGCGGAAAGCUUCUCAGCGAAAACACUGCAAUCCGUGUGCAGCACAAUCUUUUAUCAAGGCGCAUGGAACAUUUAAACGCCGAUCUCUGGCUCCACGGCAGCGCCAUGGAAUACCAAGAAGGUGUUCGUCGAGCAAACAAGCGCGCAAAGAAGAAAGGCCGCAGCAAGAAACGCCCCGUCGGGAACGACGCCUUCCACUACGUAUCCUACGUGCCGGUCGACGGCAACCUGUGGAAGUUUGACGGUCUCCAAGUUGGCGCCGUAGAUCUAGGCCCCAUCAGCGAGAUCGAUAUCAAGUCAACCAUGGGAAGUUCCCGCGGCUGGUGGGAAGAUGCCCUCAGCGACAUCCAGGACCGCACCUCAAACCUCGGCUUCGACGUCGAAUCCGUCCUCCUCGCCGUCCGCCACGACCCCAUCUCCCACAUACGCCACCAGCUCGCCAGGGCCAUCCGCUCCGUGCGGGAGAUUUCAGAGCGGAGGCGCAGGUGCCCGUGCGGCUGGCAGCCCACGCUCUCGGAACCAGGGUCUAUCGACGUCGGGGACGCCUCCCAGCUCGCGCGGUUCGGGCUCUCGGAGGAAACCGUCACAGCCGCGUCGCUAUGCCCCUCUGACCGGCACGCGGUGGAGAUGAUGCAUGUGAUGGAUUUUGCGGAAAAGUAUAGGAUGCACGAAGCCUACGCCGAACGGUGCGAGAUGGACACGGCGCGGCGGAAGAAAGAAUACGUCCCCGCCAUCCACGCGUGGGUCAAGAAACUAGCAGAAAAAGGCGUCCUCGCCGAUUUCAACUCGUAG